AUGGAUGAUGAUCAUGUUAUUAGGAAAGUGGUAGAUGUGUCUACUUUCUUGAAGUUUGAAGCCAUCGGAGACUCCGAGGAUGAUUUUGAUCCCAUCAUGGGUGAUCAUCAUGACAUGAUUGUGUCCAUGGCCGACAGCGAUGCAGAAUCUUGUAGUUUUGAUUUAGCAGAUUCUUCGAAAGUUUUUGAGCUUGAUGAUUCCUGUGAUGAUCCUCAAACAUAUCAUGUUCAUGACGAGUAUGAUGAUAAUGAUGAUGAUGGAUCUUUCAUGGAGGAAGAGGAAGGCCAUAGCUGCCUAGCAUGGAAUGGUGAGCAUAAUAAAUAUUGGAAGCCAAUUAGAGGGGCCAAGAAAUCAAGUGCACCUGUGGAAUCAACUAAAGAGUUGAUGAUGACUGAGGCAGAGAAGAGCAGGCAGUUUUGGGAGACAUGCUUGGCUUCCUAA